AUGCAGAUUGUCAGUGCCAUACCUACUCUCACGGCUCUCAUGUCAGGAGUCCAAGCUGCCGAUAUGAUCAUGAGAUGGCACGGAUGCGGUGAUAAAUACCAGAAAACGGAGACAAGUGGAGAUGGCUGCACCAAUGUGAGCGGCUUCAAAACCGAGAACCUAUGCAGCGUGGAAGUGCCGCCGCCGGGGACAGAACGUUGCGAGUUGUACACCGCUGACCGUGGCAACCCGUUUGGCAGCACGUACUAUUGCAAUGCUGGACAAAGGUGCGACACUGCAUCCUGGGAUGUCAUUGACUCUUAUAGCUGUUAUACCUAG